GAGACGCGCUCCUAACUGACGCGCGUCUGUUGAGGAGCGUCCUGGUCCCGGGUCUUUUCGUGGGUCCCACCGGUUUAGUCACUUUCGGGAUUCUCGAGCCUCCUCACGACUGUCACCAUGGAGGUGUCACCGCUGCAGCCUGUACAUGAAAAUAUGCAAAUGAACAAAAAGAAAAAUGAAGACCCAAAGAAAAGACUGUCUAUCGAAAGAAUCUACCAGAAAAAAACACAAUUGGAACAUAUUUUGCUCCGUCCAGAUACCUACAUUGGCUCUGUGGAAUUAGUAACCCAGCAAAUGUGGGUUUAUGAUGAAGAUGUUGGCAUUAACUAUAGGGAAGUCACUUUUGUUCCUGGUUUGUACAAAAUCUUUGAUGAGAUACUAGUUAAUGCUGCAGACAACAAACAAAGGGACCCAAAAAUGUCUUGUAUUAGAGUCACAAUUGACCCAGAGAACAAUUUAAUUAGUAUAUGGAAUAAUGGAAAAGGAAUUCCUGUUGUUGAACACAAAGUUGAGAAAAUGUAUGUCCCAGCUCUCAUAUUUGGACAGCUCUUAACUUCUAGUAACUAUGAUGAUGAUGAAAAGAAAGUAACAGGUGGUCGAAAUGGCUAUGGAGCCAAAUUGUGCAACAUAUUCAGUACCAAAUUUACUGUGGAAACAGCCAGUAAAGAAUACAAGAAAAUGUUCAAACAGACAUGGAUGGAUAACAUGGGGAGAGCUGGUGACAUGGAACUCAAGCCCUUUAGUGGAGAAGAUUACACAUGUAUCACCUUCCAGCCUGACCUAUCUAAGUUUAAAAUGCAAAGCCUGGACAAAGACAUCGUUGCACUGAUGGUUAGAAGAGCCUAUGACAUUGCUGGGUCCACUAAAGAUGUCAAAGUCUUUCUCAAUGGAAAUAAGCUGCCAGUAAAAGGGUUCCGUAGUUAUGUGGAUAUGUAUUUGAAGGAUAAGUUGGAUGAAACUGGGAACCCACUGAAAGUAGUCCAUGAACAAGUAAACCCAAGGUGGGAAGUGUGCUUAACAAUGAGUGAAAAAGGCUUUCAGCAGAUUAGUUUCGUCAAUAGCAUUGCUACUUCCAAGGGUGGCAGACAUGUUGAUUAUGUAGCUGAUCAGAUUGUGAGUAAACUUGUUGAUGUAGUGAAGAAGAAGAACAAGGCUGGUGUUGCAGUAAAAGCACAUCAGGUGAAAAAUCACAUGUGGAUUUUUGUAAAUGCCUUAAUUGAAAACCCAACCUUUGACUCUCAGACAAAAGAAAACAUGACUUUACAAGCCAAGAGCUUUGGAUCGACAUGUCAAUUAAGUGAAAAAUUCAUCAAAGCUGCAAUUGGCUGUGGUAUUGUAGAAAGUAUACUAAACUGGGUGAAGUUUAAGGCCCAAGUCCAGCUAAACAAGAAGUGUUCAGCUGUAAAACAUAACAAAAUCAAGGGAAUUCCCAAACUCGAUGAUGCCAAUGAUGCAGGGAGCCGAAACUCCGCUGAAUGUACACUUAUCCUGACUGAGGGAGACUCGGCCAAAACUCUGGCAGUUUCAGGCCUUGGUGUUGUUGGAAGAGACAAAUACGGUGUUUUCCCACUUAGAGGAAAAAUACUCAAUGUCCGAGAAGCUUCUCAUAAACAGAUCAUGGAAAAUGCUGAAAUUAACAAUAUCAUCAAAAUUGUGGGUCUUCAGUAUAAGAAAAACUAUGAAGAUGAAGAUUCAUUGAAGACUCUUCGUUAUGGGAAGAUAAUGAUUAUGACAGAUCAGGACCAAGAUGGUUCCCAUAUCAAAGGCUUGCUGAUUAACUUUAUCCAUCACAACUGGCCCUCUCUUCUGCGACAUCGUUUCCUAGAGGAAUUUAUCACUCCCAUUGUAAAGGUGUCUAAAAACAAGCAAGAAAUAGCAUUCUACAGUCUUCCUGAAUUUGAAGAAUGGAAGAGUUCUACUCCAAAUCACAAAAAAUGGAAAGUCAAAUAUUACAAAGGUUUGGGCACCAGCACUUCAAAAGAAGCUAAGGAAUAUUUUGCAGAUAUGAAAAGACAUCGUAUUCAAUUCAAAUAUUCUGGGCCUGAAGACGAUGCUGCAAUCAGCCUAGCCUUUAGUAAAAAACAGACUGAUGAUCGAAAGGAAUGGUUAACUAAUUUCAUGGAAGACAGAAGACAACGGAAAUUACUUGGCCUUCCUGAGGAUUAUUUGUAUGGGCAAACUACUACUUACCUGACAUAUAAUGACUUCAUAAACAAGGAACUUAUCCUGUUCUCAAAUUCUGAUAAUGAAAGAUCUAUCCCAUCUAUGGUAGAUGGUUUGAAACCAGGUCAGAGAAAGGUUUUAUUUACUUGUUUCAAACGGAAUGACAAGCGAGAAGUGAAGGUUGCCCAGUUAGCUGGGUCAGUGGCAGAAAUGUCCUCUUAUCACCAUGGUGAGAUGUCACUAAUGAUGACCAUUAUCAGUUUGGCUCAGAAUUUUGUGGGUAGCAAUAAUUUGAACCUCUUGCAGCCCAUUGGCCAGUUUGGUACCAGGCUGCAUGGUGGCAAGGAUUCUGCUAGUCCUCGAUACAUCUUUACAAUGCUCAGCCCUUUGACUAGGUUGUUAUUUCCACUGAAAGACGAUCACACAUUGAAGUUUUUAUAUGAUGAUAAUCAACGUGUUGAGCCUGAAUGGUACAUUCCUAUUAUACCCAUGGUGCUGAUAAAUGGUGCUGAAGGAAUCGGAACUGGGUGGUCUUGCAAAAUCCCCAACUUUGACAUUCGUGAAGUUGUAAAUAAUAUCAGGCGUUUGAUGGAUGGAGAAGAACCUUUGCCAAUGCUUCCAAGUUACAAGAACUUCAAGGGUACUAUUGAAGAGCUAGCUUCAAAUCAAUAUGUGAUUAAUGGUGAAGUAGCUAUUCUGAAUUCCACAACCAUUGAAAUCUCAGAGCUUCCCAUCAGAGUGUGGACCCAGACAUACAAAGAACAGGUUCUAGAACCCAUGUUGAAUGGCACUGAGAAGACACCCCCUCUUAUAACAGACUAUAGAGAAUACCAUACAGAUACCACUGUGAAGUUUGUUGUGAAAAUGACUGAAGAAAAACUGGCAGAGGCAGAGAGAGUUGGACUACACAAAGUCUUCAAACUCCAAACCAGUCUCACCUGCAACUCUAUGGUGCUUUUUGACCAUGUAGGCUGUUUAAAGAAAUAUGACACAGUGUUGGAUAUUCUAAGAGACUUCUUUGAACUCAGGCUUAAAUAUUAUGGAUUAAGAAAAGAAUGGCUUCUAGGAAUGCUUGGUGCGGAAUCUGCUAAACUGAACAAUCAGGCUCGUUUUAUACUAGAGAAAAUAGAUGGCAAAAUAAUCAUUGAAAAUAAACCUAAAAAAGAAUUAAUUAAAGUUCUGAUUCAGAGAGGAUAUGAUUCAGAUCCUGUGAAAGCCUGGAAAGAAGCUCAGCAAAAGGUUCCAGAUGAAGAAGAAAAUGAAGAGAGUGACAAUGAAAAGAGCGACUCUGUGACGGACUCUGGACCGACCUUCAACUACCUUCUUGAUAUGCCUCUUUGGUAUCUGACGAAGGAGAAGAAAGAUGAACUGUGCAAACAGAGGAAUGAAAAGGAACAAGAGCUGGAUACAUUAAAGAGAAAGAGUCCAUCCGACUUGUGGAAGGAGGACUUAGCUGCUUUCAUUGAAGAACUAGAGUCUAUUGAAGCCAAGGAAAAACAAGAUGAGCAAGUGGGACUUCCUGGAAAGGGGGGAAAAGCAAAGGGAAAGAAAGCACAAGCAUCUGAAGUUCUGCCUUCUCCUCACGGAAAAAGGGUCAUUCCCCAAGUGACCAUGGAGAUGAAAGCAGGUGCAGAAAAGAAAAUUAAAAAGAAAAUUAAGAGUGAAAAUAUCGAGGGAACACCUAAUGAGGAUGGUCUGGAACUAGAAGGCCUCAAACAGAGAUUAGGGAAGAAACAGAAAAGAGAACCAGGUACAAAGAAGCAAACUACAUUGCCAUUUAAGCCCAUCAAAAAAGGGAAAAAGAGAAACCCCUGGUCUGAUUCUGAAUCGGAUAUGAGCAGUACUGAAAGUAAUUUUGAUGUCCCUCCACGAGAAACAGAGCCACGAAGAGCUGCAGCAAAAACCAAAUUCACAAUGGAUUUGGAUUCAGAUGAAGAUUUCUCAGAUUUUGAUGAAAAAAAUGAAGAUGAAGACUUUUUGCCAUCUGAUGCUAGUCCACCUAAAACCAAAACUCCCCCAAAAAAUACUAAAAAAGCACUAAAGCCACAGAAAAGUACUAUGUCAGUAGUUGACCUGGAAACUGAUGAUAUUAAGGACAGUGUACCGCCUUCUCCGAGCCCUCCUGUUGCCAACUUCCCAGUUGAAACUGAAGUUUUAAAACUACCUUCUAAAAAGAAUGUGACAGUGAAGAAGACGGCAACAAAAAGUCAGUCUACCACCUCCACUGCUGGUACCAAAAAAAAAACUGCACCAAAAGGGACCAAAUCAGACUCAGCCUUGUAUUCUGGCAGCCUAGGAAAGCCUGAGCCUGCCAAAACCAAGAUCCGUCGCAAAAGGAAGCCAUCUACUUCUGAUGACUCCGACUCUAAUUUUGAGAAAAUAAUUUCUAAAGCUGCCACAAGCAAGAAACCUAAGGGAGAGAGUGAAGCCUUCCAUCUGGACGUGGAUUCAGCUGUGGCUCCCCGGGCAAAAUCUGGACGAGCAAAGAAACCUAUUAAGUACCUGGAAGAGUCAGAUGAAGACGAUCUUUUUUAAAAUGUGAGGUGAUUAUUUUAAGGAAUGGUUUUACUGAGCCAGGUUGGUUUUACAGUUACUUGAAGUUCUUCCUCCCUCUCUGAAUUUAGUUUGGGGAAGACAUUUUUUACAAAGCUAUCAAAGUGGAUGGCGCCCUUGGCCGCCAGCUUCUUAUACAACAUACUGUCAUCGCCAUCUCCUGGGCACUGUUCUCUGCUUUGUCUAUGUUUUGUCUGUUUUCUUUGGUCUUUAAAAUCUAGUUUUUAAAUUCUUCUGAAUGCCAAAAAAUCGUAUGGUCACUUGAGCAUAAGAGUUUACUGGCCAUUUAUUAAGCUAAAACAGGAACACUUCUAAAGGUGUCUCUCCGCCUCCUUUCCUAGUUUCACUAAAUAUGCACCAGCUUGGUCUGCCCUGUUUUCAGUUUUAUAGGCAGUAUGCCAUCACGUAGAACUGGAGAGUUCUAGUACAACAAUACUUUGCUCAGCCUUUUAUGUGAUGCGAUUUUGGUCAAGCAAUGUGAAAUUGCUUAUAUCCUUUUGCAUCUCAUCAGAAGCUGAAGAAAUCCACCUUGGCUGUAUCUGUGUGACCUCACCACAGACAG